CAGAAAGAGACUUCGACACAACCCCGGCAGUAGCAGAGUUGGUGAUGAAUCUGAAACGGGGCAAUAAAAUGUAAAGCAACUAAUCUGCCUGGAUCCAGAAAGACAGGAACUUAUCUACACACUGUAAAACAUUACUCUAUGAAAAUCAGUACAGUAAAGUACAGAAUGGAGCAAUAACUAGAAAAAUGUUUGGUUUAUUGUAAUGAUGACAGGCCUUAAUAAUUUCAGACGCAUAAUGUUUCAAUGGCAGAAAAAAGUAAAUCAGUGAGUAUUUGAAAGAAACAUAAAGGUGAAGUGCAGGUGAACUACAUACAGAACUCACACAGUAAAAGCUCCCUAUAGUUAAGUUCCUCCUCUCAAAUAAUGAGGCUACUGAAAGGAGGUAGGCUUCUACUGUUGCUGAAGAUCACUCUUGGACUGGGAUCACUAUGGAUGCUUUCCUUACUCAGUCGCCCAAAAACAAGCUGGGAUCCUACCUACUUUCUCAGCUACAGCUGGUUGGAGUAUACAGAUGCUGAUGGCGGCCCAGAGACAGCGUGCAACUGUUCAGAGAUCCUGCGUGGAGAGAGGCAGGCACUGGAACAAGCCAAAUUACUGACUCUCACUGAAGACUUCCGCAAGAGUGUUCACAUCCCUGAUGAGUAUUACAUUAAUGCAACCAAAGACUGUAGGGAAUUCAAGUUAAGCAGAAAAUACUUAACACUCCCGUUAAGCCAGGAGGAAGAGGACUUCCCUCUGGCUUACUCUAUAGUUGUUCAUCAUAAGGUGCAGAACUUUGAGCGACUGCUGCGAGCCAUCUAUGUACCUCAUAAUAUAUAUUGUAUCCAUGUGGACAAAAAAUCAGAUCCCUCAAUCUUCUCUACCAUUAUGGCAAUUACUUCCUGUUUCCCGAAUAUCUUCAUGGUCAGCAAGCCUGUGAGCGUGGUCUAUGCUGCCUGGCCGCGUGUCCAGGCUGACCUUAACUGUAUGGCUGACCUCUAUGAAGCCAGCACAAAAUGGAAAUACUUCAUCAACCUUUGUGGCCAGGAUUUCCCCCUGAAAACCAACUUGGAGAUGGUGAGGAUGUUGCGUUCAUUGAAGGGCGGGAACAGCUUAGAGUCAGAAAAAAUGCCUGAGGGAAAGAAGUCAAGAGUGACAAAAUCUUACAAGAUAGUUGAUGGAAACAUCCAGGGGUCAGGAAAAGCGAAGGAGCCACCUCCCUUCAACCUGCCCAUUCUGUCAGGAAAUGCCUAUAUUGUGGUUAGCCGAGGCUACGGGCGCAGUGUGUUGGAAGACAGCCGAAUACAGACACUGAUUGAGUGGGCCAAAGACACCUACAGUCCUGAUGAAUUUCUCUGGGCAACCAUUCAGCGAAUCCCUGGUGUUCCUGGCUCAGCAUGGCCCAACACUAAAUAUGACAUGUCAGACAUGAAUGCAAUUGCACGGCUGGUGAAGUGGCAGUGGCAUGAGGGGUCACUGGGUUCACUGGAGGCAGUGUACCCAGAGUGUCAUGGCAACCAUGUCAGGUCAAUCUGUGUAUAUGGUGCUGGAGACCUAAAAUGGAUGCUUGAGCAGCAUCACCUCUUUGCCAACAAGUUUGACAUGGAUACAGAUCCCAUUGCUAUUUACUGCUUGGAGAAGUAUCUGAGACAAAAGGCACUGGCUGAGUUGCACUAGGUGUAUUGGAGAUUUUUUUUU